AUGGCUAAUAUUCUCAUAGUAGUUUUUUAUGGUGGACAAUGGACACAGUACAAUUUUUAUGAGAAUUAUAGUGUUGUUGGAGUACUAGUUGAUGAUAUGAUGAAUUUAGGUGGUUUAGUUAGUUUGAUUUUGAAUGAAAUUCAAUUGGAUGCUUCUAUUGAUUUAUGGGUGUUAUUGGACUUUGGCCACACAAAUAUUCAAAAUGUGUUUAAUUUACAACAAGAUAAGGAUGUUUGUUGGUUUUUGUCUUUGAUUAAAGAGUCGAGUAUUAGGUAUCCUUUGGUUGCUCAUGUUAGGGUUCAUUCUCUUGUUGCUCAAACUAGUAUAGAAGCUUCUUCCAGUGGCAUUGGUGGCAGUAGUGAAGCUAAUGAUAAUUUGCUAUGUUUAUCUUCUUCUAGUUCUUCUUCAAAUGAUGUGAUUACACAAGAUUAUGAUUUUCAUGACAAUUUGAAGGAAAAGGAUGUAUUUGUUUAUUUCGAGGCCAACUUAGACCUCUACACAAUGGACAAGUCAUGGAUGACCCAAAAUAGGAUGUCAAGAGAAUAUGAUUUAGGAGUCGAAAGAUUCAUUAAAUUUGGGUUGAGUCAUGCCAAAGGUCUUAAUUCAAUUAGAUGUCCAUGUUUGAAUUGCGGCAAUCGUUUACUUAAGGAUGUCUCAACAGUUCGGUAUCAUUUGUAUGCCAAUGGAAUUGAUAAGAGUUACAAGGUAUGGUUCUGGUAUGGUGAAGAAUUGAACUCAGAUCACGUUACCAACACGAUGGAAAAUACAGUGGAUGAAACUGAUGAAAACGACGAUUUAUUUAAUACAAUUAAUAUGGUUCAAUCUGUUCAAGAACAAUCUUGCAAUGCAUCAAAUACCUUCGACACUAUGUUUGAUGCGAAGAAACCCUUAUACCCAGGAUGUAAGAAAUUCACAAAGUUAUCAGCCCUCGUGAGAUUGUAUAACCUGAAAGUUAGGUAUGGUUGGACUAAUACUAGCUUCUCUGAAUUGCUGUCCAUAAUAUGUGAUCUAUUACCUGAUAACAACGAAAUUCCAUGUUCUUUGUACGAAGCGAAGAAAACACUUAGUGCCCUAGGACUGAGUUACCAAAAAAUUGAUGCAUGCCCUAAUGAUUGUUGCUUAUACAGAAAAGAAUAUGAAAAGAUGACCAAGUGCCCUAAGUGUGGUUUGUCAAGAUGGAAGAUCGCUAAGAACUCAAAAAAGGAAAAAACUGGUGUGGCUGCUAAGCAGAUGUGGUACUUUCCAAUAAUUCCAAGAUUUAUAAGAAUGUUCAAGAGAUCUGAAAAUGCUAAGAACUUGCGUUGGCAUGCGAUAGAUAGACAAGUUGAUGGUAUUUUGAGACACCCGGCUGACACUCCAUCAUGGAGGUUGAUAGACCACAUGUGGCCAACCUUUGGGUCAGAACCGAGAAAUCUCCGUUUGGGUUUGUCUACUGAUGGAAUUAACCCAUUUGGAGAUAUGUCGACGACGUACAGUUGUUGGCCCAUCAUCACUACAAUAUACAACCUUCCACCAUGGCUGUGUAUGAGAAGAAAACAUUUGAUGCUGACAAUGUUAAUAUCAGGUCCAAAGCAACCGGGCUACGAUAUCAAUACGUACUUAGCACCUUUAAUUGAUGAUCUACAAAUGUUGUGGACGGAUGGAGUUCGUUGUUUCGAUGCAUAUAAGGAAGAAUAUUUCACACUGCGGGCUGUCUUAUUAUGGACCAUCAACGAUUUUCCAGCAUACGGUAAUCUAUGCGGUUUUAGUGUGAAAGGAUAUAAGGCUUGUCCAAUAUGUGGAGAGGAGACUACUUCAAUAAGAUUGCAACAUGGAAAAAAAAUGUCAUACAUGGGACACACGAAGAAGAAGUGUGGGAAGACCGUGCAUAAUGAAGGUGGCAAUGACUAUUGGAAAAGAAGACCUGAUUUUUUUCAACUACCAUAUUGGAAACACUUGCAUGUUCGACACUGUUUAGACAUAAUGCAUAUUGAAAAAAAUGUAUGCAUGAACAUAGUGGGCACCUUACUUGAUAUACCAGGAAAAAGUAAGGAUGGGAUGAAUACUAGACUUGACUUGGUUGAAAUGAAAAUUAGACCAGAAUUGGCACCAACGUUUACUGGUAAUAGAACUUAUAUCCCUGCGGCAUGUUAUACACUGUCAAAAGAAGAGAAGUAUCGAUUUUGCAAGACUUUGUCAGAAAUUAAAGUUCCAGAAGGUUAUUCAGCAAAUAUUAGUAGUCGUGUCUCUUUGGAUGACUUAAAACUGACCGGCCUUAAGUCGCACGACUGUCAUGUUUUAAUGCAGCAACUGCUUCCAAUUGCAAUACGUUCAGUCCUACCGAAGAAUGUGAGGUACACUAUUAGUAGAUUGUGCUUCUUCUUCAAUGCGAUUUGUGACAAAAGUUUUUCUGUCUCAGAUCUUGAUGCACUGCAAGAAGAUAUAGUUCUAACUUUAUGCAAUCUUGAGAAGUAUUUCUCACCCUCGUUUUUUACAAUCAUGGUUCACCUUGUUGUUCAUCUCGUUAGAGAAGUAAAGCUUUAUGGACCAGUAUAUUUGCGAUGGAUGUACCCAUUUGAACGAUGCAUGAAAGUGUUGAAAAGUUAUGUUCGCAGUCGAGCUCGACCGAAAGGAUGCAUUGCAGAAGCAAGCAUAUGCGAGGAGGCAGUUGAAUUCUGUUCAGAUUUUCUUUCUAGAUUAGAUCUUAUUGGACUUGGGUCACUUAAUUCAAGGACGGAAAUGCAAAGCGAUCGACCUCUAUCAGUAGGAACAUACGUUCGACCCGAUGUCCAACAACUCAAGCAAGCACAUCUUCGUGUCUUACAGAAUAUUGGAGAAGUGCACACAUACGUUGAGUAA